AUGACUGAAUCGCACUUCACCACUCUCCCGCUUCUGGUGACGGACGGAAUCUGCGAGCAUCUCGCUCUGGCGGAUAUCCUGAGCCUCCGUCUCGUCAGCCGUACCUUCACCCCGCCCCCGCAUGUCAUGAGGACCUGUUUCGAGCAUCGAUCGACGGACCUCACCGAGCAGAGCUUGCUGACCCUCGGCAUGAUUGCUGCGCAUCCCUACUUCGGCGGCUUGGUGCGCUCGUUGACCGUCGUGGCCCAGGCUUACGACGACCGCAUCAUCCGCGACAACCUCCGGUCGCAGGAAUCGUGGGAGUCGAAUCAAGUGUACGACCAGCGGAUCGAAAUGUGGUCUCCGAGAGCAAAGGAUAUACAAAACCUCCAAACUGAGCAAAGCUACAUGACCAACUCGGGGAGGGACGUUGAGCUACUCGCAGCGGCGUUGACGAACUUGCCCAGCCUCAAAACCGUCGACAUCGACGUGAACAUCGCCAAACUGACCGGCAGCCAAAGGUUCGCCGACUCCUCCCCCUCAUCCCCGCGCUACCGAAACGUCGUAUGGCCCCAGACACACCACGCCUUCUCCGUCCUCCUCGCCGCGCUCGCUCAGAGCGGCUCGCAGCCAAAGACGCUCCACCCCCUGAGAUCCAUGCGCGGCGGCAUCCACGUCGACCUCUGCCACUUCCACCAAGUCGCAUCCACCCUUCAAAACGAGCACGCAAGGCACUCUCUCUCGCGCCUCCGCGACCUCAGCCUCGGCCUCGCCAACCCCGGAAGCUGCCCGUCGGCCACGCCCUGCAGCGCGCUCGAUCCCGCGUCGUGCGACGUCAACUGCGCCAUCGGGACCAAGGCCUUGCUCUCCGGCUGCGCCGAAACUCUCGAGACGUUGGUGUUGAGCUGGUACCUCGUCCAGCCUCGGCCCACGCACGGCAUCUUGAGCUUCUUCACGGCGUUUUCUACCUUGAACUUUUCCGCCCUCCGCGAAUGCACGAUCCGCGGCCUCGCCAUAGAAACGGAUGCGUUCCUCGACUUUCUGGCCCGGGUACCUAAGCUUCAGCGUCUUUCUUUAAGUCACUUGACUCUUUUCCCCAUCGCAGAGGCGAGCGAGGCCUGGCGUCCAGUCUUCGAAGGCCUCGUCGGACCAACUCGCCGAGCCGUGGGCCUCCAAAAGCUAGAGAUGAGCUACCUCCGCUCCAGCGGUGACAUAUUCUUCGGGCCUUCCACUUUGUCGGUUGGGUUGGAUGGGGACAGCAUACAUACCAGGCCCGGGACGGGACUUGAGGGGUCCCUGUCAUGGUCGUCAGUGUGGUCAAUCUACCAGGAUUCAUGA